AAAUGAAAUGUGAAUCAAAGGGCCGAACCCAAUAAGACUCAAUAAUGAUCCAGUCCAACAUGUCCAUUUCUUUGCAUUUAAUAUCAGGGUCACCCUCUCAGCCCCGAUGAUGGAGUGCCGUGUCGUCGAGUGCGUUCUCUGCUCCGCAAGCAUCGGUUUUAGCAGGGGCGAUAGAAAAAAAAGGGAGCUUUCUCAUCGGCAAACCUAGGCUACACUAGAGGAAACUUAUUAUCAAUUACACUAUUCUAGUGGGUUUAUCUUUAAGGCCCCCUCGCGCCCGCGCCAGGCGCAUACGUGUUGUGACUGUUGCUGGGCGCGCGAGGAGCUGCACUUCCGCUGGUAAUUUCAAAUAAUUCGACUACUUAUAUAUAUAUAUAUAUUCAUAUAUUUAUAGGGGGAACUGAUGAGAAGAAAUGGAGAUGAGCUUCUUCUGCCAUUUACCAAAAGAGGUGGCGGAGGAAAUUAUGUUGUGGGUGCCUGCGGAUUCUCUGGUACGACUCAAGCUCGUCAACAAGUCAUGGUACUCCUUCAUCUCUUGUCUCAUCAACGACCCUGCAUUUGUUGUCAAACACCUCAACAUUACCAAAAACAUGUCGCCCUCCACCUCUUUAGUUUUCAAUAACCCUUGUUCUCAUGUCGACCACGACGGAAGAGACUGCUAUGCAAAGACAUUCUCACUUCUCACCAUAUUCAAUGGCGAUGUUGGUAAAAACAAUGAUCAUAUUGUCUCUGUCACUGAAGACCUUAAUGUUCCAUGUCUUCGGAAUGAAAGCUGUAGGUGGGAUCAGUGGGCUUGGGCAUAUCAUUGUGAUGGGAUCAUUUGCUUAGUUAAACUCUAUGGGACCAUAAUGUUGUGCAACCCUGCAUUGCAAGAGUCCAGGGUUCUCCCUCAAUCAAACAAGGCUAUAGUUGGUGUGGCUCCUUUUGGAAUGGGAUUUGGUUAUGAUUCUAGAACUGAUGAUUAUAAGUUUGUAGCCAUUUGGUCUGUUCCUAGUCGCACUGCCAAAGCUGAGGUAUACACUCUGAGAACCGAUUCUUGGAGAGAAAUCAACAUGCCUCAAGAGUUAUGUAAAUACUAUACACAAGGGUAUCCGUAUCUAGAUGGACUAUCUUGGCGUGGAGAUUGUUAUUGGUUGCUGAGAAAUUUCGUGGAUGGUGAUGCAACCCUUCGUUUUAAUAUGUGUGAUGAAGAGUUUCAUAUCACACCAUUGCCAAAUCUUCAAAAUAGCACUGCUGCUGCUUCCUCAUAUUGGUUGGAGCUUUUUGUGUGGAAUGACUCAGUUGCUUUAUUGGUGUCCACUGAAGGAAAUGCAUCCUUUGAAUAUCAGUUCUUUGUGAUGGAUAGUGGUGCUAAAGGUGCUUGUUCUUGGACCAAACAUUUGCUUAUUGGACCAGUAAUACCAGGUGUUGUAGUAAAGUUAUCAUCGUGGAAAAAUGAUGAGUUUCUCAUACACGUUGUGGAAGAUAUAGAUGAAUCAAAAGAUGGACAGUUGAUAUCAUACAACUUUCAUACUAAGAAGAUCAGAGAUAUUGUUGUUCGUGAUGUAGAUAGAUUGUGGCAUUGGGCUUGUUUCUAUGUAAAGAGUCUUAUUUCUGUCAAAAGGAGGUAAAAGCUUGAUCAACUUGGAAAUUUCAAGCAUAAGUACAGAAACUCAAAGCUUGGAAUUAGUACUUUAAAAUGGUUAGCAUAUAUCAUCUAUGUGUAUAUAUGAUUGCCAUAUGCGUCAUUUAUUGCUGAUUUCUUUUCUUCUGCUUCUUUUAAUGUAAACAAUGUAUUUUCUGAACAGCUUUAAUGUUAAUUUAUCCAAAUUCAAUUGUUUACCAAGCAAGAAA